CUGGGAAGUGCGGGCGCCCCGAGGGGGUGGAACGGGCUGCUGUCACCCAGGAAACGACUGAGUCUGCAGAUUACGCCGACUUCCGGCGCCGUGAACGGAAGAAGGGCAUUUCAGGGGUGGGACUUCCUGUAGCCUGCUGGGGGCAGCUUGCCACUCAAACUUAAGCCUGUUGCCCUCUUUAGGGCGAUCGGAAUGGCCGAGGCGGAGGCCCAAGGCAGCCUGUGGCUGGAGAGCCCGCCUGGAGGUGCACCUCCCAUCCUCCUGCCCGCGGACGGGCAAGCCCUGAUCCUGGGUCGGGGACCCCUGACCCAGGUUACCGACCGGAAGUGCUCCAGAAACCAAGUGGAGCUGGUCGCAGACCUAGAGGCCCGCACCGUGGCAGUGAAGCAGCUGGGCGUUAACCCUUCGACUGCGGGGACCCAGGAACUGAGCCCGGGGUCCGAGGCUUCCCUGGGGGUGGGGGACACGCUGUAUUUGGUCAACGGCCUCCACCCCCUGACCCUGCGCUGGAAAGCAGCAAGCAACCCUGGAUCCCAGCCCGACACGCCGCCCCGAACCCCUCCCCUAGCCCCGGAGGCGGAGGAGGGACCGCAGAGAAAGCAAAUGAGGAAGUCAUCCCCGGGCUGGGAAAGUCUGGAGAAGCUGCUGGUGUUCACAGCACCGGGUGUGAAGCCACAGAACAAGGUAGCAGGCUUUGACCUGGACGGGACGCUCAUCACCACUCGCAGCGGGAAGGUCUUCCCCACCAGCCCCAGUGACUGGAGGGUCCUGUACCUGGAGAUUCCCCGGAAGCUGCGGGAGCUGCACGCUGAGGGCUACAAGCUGGUGAUCUUCACCAACCAGAUGGGCAUUGGGCGUGGGAAGCUGCUAGCAGAGGACUUCAAGGCCAAGGUGGAGGCGGUGGUGGAGAAGCUGGGGGUCCCAUUUCAGGUCCUGGUUGCCACACACGCAGGCUCGUACCGGAAGCCGGUUAUCGGUAUGUGGGACCACCUGCGGGAGCAGGCCAACGAGGGAGUGCCUAUCUCCAUUGGGGACAGUGUCUUUGUGGGAGAUGCAGCCGGCCGCCCUGCAAACUGGGCCCCAGGGAAGAGAAAAAAGGACUUUUCAUGUGGGGAUCGCCUGUUCGCCCUCAACCUGGGCCUGCCCUUCGCCACACCUGAAGAAUUCUUCCUGAAGUGGCCAGUGGCUGCCUUCGAGCUCCCUGUCUUUGACCCGAGGACCAUCUCCUCUACAGGGCCACUCUGCCUUCCAGAGUCCAGCCCCCUCCUCAGUCCCCACCUGGAGGUCGUAGUCGCUGUGGGGUAUCCUGGAGCUGGCAAGUCCACCUUCCUCCAGGAGCACCUCGUGGCAGCCGGCUAUGUGCAUGUCAACAGGGACACACUGGGCUCGUGGCAGCGCUGUGUGGCUGCGUGUAAGGCGGCUCUGAAGCAGAAGAAGCGCGUCGUUAUUGAUAACACAAACCCAGAUCCCCCAAGCCGGGCCAGGUACAUCGAGUGCGCCCAGGAGGCAGGAGUCCCCUGCCGCUGCUUCCUGUUCAGUGCCACCCUGGAGCAGGCACAGCACAACAACCGGUUCCGGGAGAUGACAGGCUCGCCUCAUGCACACGUGUCAGACAUGGUCAUGUUCAGCUACAGGAAGCAGUUUGAGGCACCGACGCUUGGGGAAGGCUUCUCAGAGAUCCUGGAGAUCCCGUUCCGGCUGCACUUGGAGCAGCGGCUCGAGCGACUGUACCGCCAGUUCUCAGAGGGCUGAGCUGCUACCCUCUCUGUACCCCACCCCACACCCCAUAAUAAACUCUGUUUUUCUCCA